AUGUUGUUGAUCUCCAGCGCCCCCUCCAACGCUCCCUACGUCCUGACGGGCACCGGGCUCGCCAUCAUCGUGUUCGGACUGUUUGGCUGCUUCGCCACCUGCAGGGGGCGCCCCUGGAUGCUCAGAGUGUACGCCGUCUUUCUGUCUGCCGUCUUCAUGACUGAACUCAUCGCUGGAAUCUCUGGAUUCGUCUUUCGUCACGAGAUUAAAGGGACGUUCCUCACCACGUACAGUGAAGCUGUGAUGAGAUACGACGGACGAGACGACAGGAGUCUGGCUGUGGACGGAGUUCAACGAAGAUUACAAUGCUGUGGAGUCUAUAACUACACCAGCUGGUUCAGCAGCGUGUAUUUCCCCGUCGGUGGAGUUCCCUCCAGCUGCUGCGUCAGUUACUCCGACUGCAGCUCAGCAGACCUGAAGAACACGACCCUGGCUGCACGUAAAGUCCACAAACAGGGAUGUUAUGAGUUGGUGACGUCGUUCAUCGAGAGCAACAUGGGAAUCAUCGCUGGAGUGACCUUUGGCAUCGCCUUCUCUCAGCUGAUCGGGAUGUCACUCGCCUGCUGUUUGUCCCGCUUCAUCAACGCCAACCAGUACGAGAUGGUGUAACAGGAAAGAGACGGGGAUGCUCGUCACCAUAGAAAAAGACUUCAGAUGGCCCGCUGCCUUGUGAUUCUGUGUUGAUUAUAUUUCUGUCUCCAACUUUGAUUUAAAGGUUUUAAUGUGAAUGUGAGGAGAACAGAGUGACUCUGUGUCAGUACGGCAAGCAGCAGGUCCAAAAUGUCUCUCAUGAGCCUUAAAGGUCAUAUAUCCUCCUCCUCCUCUCUCAGAGCUCCUCACAACAUGUCUGUGAAGCUUCUUGUUCUAAAUCCACUCUGAUCCUGCGCGCUAUUUGAGCCCGAGAUUAAAAACGACAGUGAUGAUUACAUACAGCCACAUGGGGGCGCUGUUUCAUUUACUCAUAAUGUAAAUGAUGUUAGUGAGUCUCAUUCUGAUGGAUAAUUAACGUCAGCUCAACCAGUUUUCAUCUCAUUCAACAAAAACUCUCAAAAAUGUCUUUAUAUAAUAAACUUUAUAUUUCAAUUUGCAUUUUUUUAAUCUUUAAAGUCUCAGAGGUGUUUUCAUUCUCCCACGAGGUGCCACUCCACAUAACACUGUAUGUAACUUUAUCUUGGUGCUUUCACAUCUUGUAAUCUUGUUUUCUGAAAUAUAAAUGAGUUCUGUCCUUGGUCAAA